ACCACCAUCAUCAAGAUUCCAUUUUUCGAUUAUUCAAUUAUCCAAAGAUAAGACUGAAGAAGGUUUUCUUUCAUCAAUUUCCAAAAACCCAAUUAACACAGAACAAUCAACAAUGGCGGUAACAAUUCUCAACGCCUACCGCAUUUCCGCCACUUCUUCAUCAUCCAUCUCUCAGGAUUCAACGGCGAAUCCUUCUCCUUCGUCAAUUCCGCCGCAAUCGCCUACCUUACCCACUAAAAUCAUACUUCCAAAUAAGAAACCGCAGAAAUGGUCAACUGGUGUAGCUCCUGGGGACUAUGGUGGACCACCCACUUCAACCAAACUUCGGAAGUAUUGGGGAGGUGAGAAAGAUGACCCUCUUACUUCCACUGAUUAUAUCUGGAACCGAGAUUUCAUGGAUCGAAUGAAGCGAUUGAUUCAGGAUCCAAAUGAAGACAUUGAAUCUCCCCCUAAGGAAGAGAUUUCUGGGUUUCUUAGUUUGAACAGAGUUAUGAGUCUUGACAGCAUGGAUAUUGAUUUGAGCAAGCAGUUGGCUUCACCAUCUAAAUCUGCACUACAACAGCAACCUGUAAUAGAAUCAGUCCAAAGGCGUAGACCUGUGUCACCGAAAUGGAAGCUAGCGCCAACAAGACGCGAGCAAGAGAAAUGGGACAGAGCCACUAAGGCUGCCACUGGAGGAAGUGAUGUGAUUCUCCGAGAAGGAAGCAAGCCUCGUGGCGAUCCAGUAAUCUUAGCUGCUGAAUCACGAGAGCAAUACUCUAAGUUGAAGAACAAACUACAGUUACUCACAAUGGGUGUUGGUGGUGUCGGUUUACUGUCAGCCUAUGUUUCAUAUUCUCCUGAAAUUACUGCUAGCUAUGGGGCUGGCUUGAUCGGUUCUUUCGUGUAUAUUCGCAUGCUUAGCACCAGUAUAGAUUCAAUGGCAGAUGGAGCUAGGGGUGUUAUCAAGGGAGCAAUAGGACAACCGAGGUUACUGGUUCCUGUUGCGUUGGUCAUGCUCUACAACCGAUGGAAUGGGAUAGCGGUUCCAAAUUAUGGAUUAAUGCAUUUAGAAUUGAUACCAAUGCUGAUUGGCUUCUUUACUUACAAGAUCUCCACAUUUAUACAAGCUAUUGAAGAAGCAAUCACAAUAGUUGAGAACAAGACCUAAUAGGGUAAUCCAAUCAUUUGUGUUGAACAUGUUGGUAACUGCUAUAAUAACACUAUCAUCAAUUAUUACAAGAUAGUUCUCUGUUAUUUUUUGUAUUAAUAUAGUUGUUAUACAAAAAUUACCCAACUUUCCAUUUC